AAGCAGUGACUCGCUCUGAAGAUGAACUAUUGCGUACAAUGAUUGUACCCGACUUGAUGACGUCUCAAGUGUAGAAAAGUCACAUUGAUCCACAUAGAAGAAGAUCACUAGUCCUUAACCCGAUGACCAUUUCUCUAGAAAACUACGCAAAAUAUUUUCACGGGCGCAAAAAUGUCUCCGAGGGAGACUGAUAAGUUACCUUUUACCAAUCAAAAAAGCGUUGUCUGUGGGGCGACGUUCGCUUUGGUAGCGUAUAGAUACAUAGAAAUACUUAACUGGUUUUGAUAGUUUCUGUUCCACUUCACAGCACAGAAAAACCAACCUUACCCGCUGCGACCAUGUCGCGUGGUGCAGACCCACGACAGGUGUCGUCCGACGUGGGGCUGUGGAUGUACAUGAACAGGACUGAACGGCGUAACCAGCUCGAGCCCCUGGACUAUGACACCAUCAAUACUUGGCGAGACAGUGCGGGCAUGGCCGAGGCACCGCCCUCCCCCGGCCCGCCACCAGUUUCCCCGCGCAACGGGGAGCAAGAUCAGACGAACCUUUAUUACGGUGGUGCAGAACAAAACUACUCCCCGUUCCUCGGCGCGGAGAUGGAGCUGGAGCGGCAACAGACGGCCACCGUGCAUAACCUUCCAGACGAGGUUGUUGCCUACAAGGAGCGGUCCGGUUCGUCGCUGGAGCCGUCGCCGACCAACGCCACCGCGACCGCCCGGCGGUCCCCGGUAAACGAGCAAUUCGUGAUCAUGGACCCCGCAGCCGCGGUGAAGCGCAGAAUAGAGCAGUUCAGUGGCGGAGACUACUUGCCCGGCCCGCGGCCGCUUACCUACAAGGACGGCAUGGUGGCAGACAAGAAGACGGGGCACUUGUAUGUGCCCACCGCCUUGGAUAAGAAGCUGGCGCGGCAACAGAGGAAGGAACGAAAACGGUGGGAGGAGACGGGCAGCUUGCACCAGCGUAUCACGAUGCAAAACUACCGGGACUUUGUCAAUCCCGAGGAGGACAGGGCGCUGGUGCGGAUGAGCAAGCGACGCGACAUGCGCGAGGCUGUGCGGGGCGGGCAUCUGGUGGAUGCGAGAGAUCUGUUUUUCCUGGGUCCCGCGGAUUUGAAAAAGAAGUCUGAUUUGGCUAAGCCUGGGAUGAUGCAGCGCAUCCAGCGCAAGUCGACGCCAGAGGCGGAUAGGGAAGAGAAUUCUAGUACCAAUACAGGAAGUGGAAAUGUUAAAAGGAAGUCCUUCGGAGGUGGAAGCGAUAAUCAACACACCACCGAGGACAUGGUUGCUAUUCAGACCCCAAAUGAAAAAGACCAGCAGGCCAAGAACACGAAUCCGAAUCUGAGUAUGUACCCGGUUUAUUCGGUGCGCGAUUCGCAGGCGCAGCAGUACAACGUGCACAGCGGCGCGAAUCUUUGGUCCGAGGCAAACAACUUCACGUCGUCGCUGAUGCCACAAGAUGGGGAUUACGGCUACAUAGACGACGAAGAGGAAGAGGACUACAUAUUGGACUCUGCUGCGCAAAAGAUGAACAUGGCAGCCGAUUCCGCGGUUGGCGAGGACGACUCUGACACUGACUUUGACGAUGAGUUCUUCGCGCAAGAAGAGCCAAACUCCCAAGGUGGUCAGCCAGCGAGUUACGAGGUGCGAUUGCAGGAGCAGAUGCGACAGCAGCGCCGGAUGGAACUAUGGGAGGCGCAGCGACGCCAGGAGUACCUGAACCUGCACAAUGAGGUCCACCGGGAGGUUUUUGAAUACGAGAACCGGGGGCCGCGCAGUUACGAAAAGCAGCUGCGGCAGAUGGAGGAAGACCGUUUUGCCGCUCUGCAGCGUGAGGCCCAGCAGCGAAACCAGUACGCCGCCUUAUUUCAGCAGUUGGACGACGUGGAGCCGGCGCAGCCACUGCCGCCGAGUAUCAACUGUAAAAAUGUCUGGGUCUGGAAGAUUGCCAGGUUUGUCAUGCAUGUUUUGCAUGACCCCUGACGUCUGUGAUGCAUGCCCUAGCAUCACAGAUUUUGUGAGGGCUACCUGAUGCCUAUACCGCAUGACAAAUGCUCUUUCAGUGCAGCAAAACUUGGACUCUCUUUCUUGCUGCUCAUGCAAUACAGAUUUUUUUACAAUCCAAAACCAGCAUGACAAAUUGGAUUCUUCCAGACCCAGACAUUUUUACAGUUGAUACCGAGCUACGAGGAGCGAUUGUCGAGACUGCAGCAAGACUACGACAAGUUGGAGCUGAAACGGCAACAGGAUUCCUCGUCCCGCAUCACGGAUUUAAACGAGGCGAUGCGGCACCAUGAGGAGAAGCAGCCGGACAGUUUUGAGGACCGGCUCCGCCGCCAGGAGGAGCGGGACGCGCGAAAACGCGAGAACGUCCUGCGCGGGCGGGGCGGCGGGGCCGCGGGUGGCGCAGGUGUAGGCACCGGUGGUGGUGGUCACGAGAACAUUUCUUAUCCACUAUCAGAGACAAGUACGGGUGGGGGUGGACAAACCGGCUUGUCAUCAACCGGUUCGCGUAGCCGCGCCCAUCGUGCCUUCGAUCUUCCGAGUAGUGCUUCGCCGCCACAACUUGGAGCAGCGACUGUGAAAAAUGCAGCACCAGGAUUAGCAGCAAAUAAGCAAGGUAGACCACCGGGCUCGCCGCUCCGGUGGUUUGAGGAGCCACACGACCCGAUUCCUGCCCGUCCGCCAAGCCUGAAGGUGCCCGACAAGUUGCCGUCCAACAAUAUUGUGUUGUCUCCGUCGACGGAAUUGAUUCACGACGGGGUGGUGACGAAAAAGCAGAUUCAGAUGCGGAAUAGCGAACAAGAGCGGCCGUCGCUGGACGAUUGGCACCCGUUGUGGCGCACGCCGACAAUCCCGCUGGACGAAGACGUGCUGAAUUCGGAGGAGAAUUCGCCUUUCCAAAAGCCGCAGGUGUACAACGGGGGUGCAGGAGGAGAUACGGCGGGGAGUAGUAGCAACACCGGGAUGAACAUAAAUUACAACCCAUUCGAGGUGGGCCUGCUCGAGCCGAACACCGAGUCAACCGGGAACCAGACGUACAAUACGGUCACGCACACGCCGAUGCCUUCCGAGCCGCGGACCAUCCAAAUUGCAGGCCGCAUGGGAACUACGAACACCCCGACGACUUCGGCGUGGACCUCGGCGGAAACGGCAGCGACUAGUGGUCGUUCCUCGCCGGGCUCCAGGACGACCGGGAUGAUGAAACAAGAGAGAAACAGCAAGAAGCUGCAGGCUGUUCCCACCGCGGAACAGCUGCUCCAGAUGCGGGACGACGAGGAGGUCGUGCAGGACUACGUGCAGUCCGAGGAUCAGGACUUCAUCACGCCGCACGUGCAGCAGCAUCUGCACAGCGGGAAGACGAAGCGGAGCUCGUUACCGGAUUCGCAGGACCACGCGUGCCUGCGCGGGUCCUCCGAUGCCUACUUCUCGGAGGCGAGCGGCGGUAAAAUAAACAAGGGCGUGGCUUCUAAGGGCGCUGGGUCGAAGAGCAGCGCGAGGUCCGCGGGAUCCAAAUCGAAAUCUGGAACAUCUUCAUCCUGGGUCCGCUUAAACUCAGAACAGCAGCUUAAUGUCCCGGAAAGCGUAGCGCACACGGGCGACACUAUGAACCUGUACAGCUCGCGAACAGAUGUGAAAAACAGUAGAAAGUCUUCAAGAUACAGCACGGCGUGCUGUGGCUGCGGACCCAUGGAUUAGCGAUACCUCGGUUACAGGUUUUUUAAGUGUUACUACAGCUUCCUGGUUGUGGUGUUGCAGGUUGCGCGGAGGAAUUAUUCUUCAUGUUCAACAUCUCGCUGCAAUGUAAGCGAAGUCGUUUUGACUCGGGCACAUAAGGAAGGAGAAAAAUGAUAUGGUGCGCCGAUAGCGAUAGCACUGAAUGUGGUUUAUUGUGUCGUUGAUACGACCCCACAAACGACACAACGUUAUAUCGAUUUUUUUUGUGGUGUGAUGAAUAUAAUAAUCGCAAACUAGAAAAUCCGAAGCACUUGCUUCUCUAGCCAUAAUACUUACUUAACUUUUUUUUGAUGCGCUGUCUGAAAUAUGUAGCUAUCACGAUUGCACCUACAACCCUGUAUAUGAUCUGUAUCUGCUCCCCCUCUCUCUCUCCCUGUGGAGUACCGGGUAGAUGACAGCUUGUAUUUCCGUCAUUUUUCUGGUCAUGUUCUGUCCAAGGUGGAUCGAAUAGGAAACAGAAUCUUGACGGCUACAGUAGCAUUUCGCGCCUUGUGUACCGCAUAUUAAAAUUGCGCAGCACGAAUAGCCAGAAGUAGUAGAGACACGGAAAUAUGCUUGUAUACCAGAGGUGAGCUUGAGCCAUAGCAGGUAGGUAUUCUGAGGAUGCGUGUCGACAGGGGUAGGUUGCAAAAAACAAUUUUGGAUAUCAAGCAAUGUAUUAUGUUUUGCUCGCCCGUC